CUAUCAAGUUUUUUUUUAAUCUUAUCCAAUGCAAACCGGAACUAUACCUGCAACCUACAGUGCGUUAUUUCUUUCAAACGUCGAGUAAAUUACCGAAAAAGUAGUUAUUUUUGUAUAAUCUUCGAAUUAACACAUCGUUUCAACGAAUAUUUUUGGAAAACCAGAUCUGUCUCAAGUCAUUACGUAGGAUAUAAAGAACCAAAUAAAGACGAAUUAGUAGAAUUUGUCGCCAAAGAAGCCCGUAAAGAACAGGUGAUUUCUAAAUUUGUUUCCAAAAGUGUCGCCUACGCUUUCCGAUAGAGGGCGUGAUUACGAAGAUUUGUCUCAAUAGAGUUUUAUCCUGAGAAACAGAGUACAACUAAAAAUGCCUUCAUCCGACAUGGACUUGGAUCGCCCGAAAAGCAGAGAUUCAGAUAUAAUCCUCACAGAAAACGUAGAUGAUUUCAUCAUUGGUGAUCGAGUUUGGGUGAAUGGUACAAAACCAGGCUACAUCCAGUACCUAGGUGAGGUACAGUUCUCCCCCGGUGAUUGGGCCGGAGUGGUACUCGAUGACCAUUCAGGUAAAAACGAUGGCUCCGUUGCGGGGGUUCGAUACUUUCAGUGUGAAACAAAACGUGGAGUUUUUGCAAGACCACACAAACUAACCAGAUAUCCAUUGGUUCACGCCACUUCACCAUCUGGCAAAAUGAUGUGUGAUUCACCAACGCCACCACCCAUUCAAAGAUGUCUCACACCAACCAGAACACCAUCACCCGGAGCUAGAAACUUGAGGGAAGGUGAUAGAGUGACUAUUUCCAGUUCAACUGGUCUACCCAAAACUGGAUAUCUCCGGUAUAUUGGACAUACAGAGUUUGCAGCUGGAGAAUGGGCUGGGGUAGAACUAGAUGAUCCUUUGGGCAAGAAUGAUGGAACUGUUGCCGGAAAAAGAUAUUUCAAGUGUUCUCCAAAUUAUGGUCUAUUUUCACCAUCACAUAAAGUUACCAAGAUAACUGGCAGCCUUGAUAGGCAUCAUCGGAGGACUCAUCACAACUCAGGUUCAGAAAAGAGCAACUCAAGUAAAAAUUCAUCAACCAUUAACCUCCAGGAUGAAAACAGAAAAUAUUCAGAAGAAAGCGAAAAGAGAGCUCAGAGAUUACGACAACUUCUAGAAGCAGCAGAAGCAGAAAGAAGAGAUUUGGCAACAAAAUUGGAAGAAGAACGCAGAAAAGUCGAAGAGCUCGAAUUUAGAAUAGAAGAGGAAUGCAUAGGAAAGGAUGAUAUUGAGUCUGAGAGAGAGAAGGAGAAGAGGAGGAUUGAGAAUCUGGAGAGAAGAUUGGAUCAGGAAAUGCGUAAAAAUGAGAUGAUAUCAGAAGGUGCCACUCCUGAUAGUGUGUUGCAAGACCAAAUAAAACGUCUUAAUGAAGAAAUAACUUCAUUGAAAGAAAAACUGAGGCAAUCUGAAAGCAAAAUACAGGAAUGUCAGACAAAGAAACUGACAGUACCACCACCAUCUUCAUUAUCUAACAGCCAAAGAUCUGAUGAGCUUUUACGUAAAGACGAAGCACUUCUGCAGGCACAGCUGAGUCUUGACAAUAAAAGAAGAGAAGUACAAAAUCUUUUAGACAGAAUAUCAGAGCUUGAAAAAGAUUUAGAAAAAAGUAAAAGUCGGCAGUCCAGACAACUUGAUACCAUAGAUGAGCUUAAUGUUAAACUUCAAAAAUCAGUAUCUAAAUGUUCAGCUUUGGAAGAAGAAAUUCUCAGCAAUAAAGAGAAAACUGACGACCUUGAUCGCCGCUUACGAGUCGCAUCUGAUCAAGUGAAUCAUUUGGAGUCUGAAAAGCGUCGACUCGAAGAACAACUCUUGUCUCCUGAAUCUACACCAAAAGAACAAGCACUUCUCAAUCGUCUUCAGGAGAGAGAAAAAGAAAUUGCUGAAUGGCGAAAAGAAUGUGAGGAAGCUAGAAAAGAUUUAGAUAAAUCACGGACGGAGCGAGAAAGGAUGAGAAAAGAAUUUGAAGAAAGAAUUCGUUCCUUGAAAGAUGAGCACGAAGAGGACUUCAGGAAACAAAAGAAGAGAGCUUCUGAAUCUGAAGAAACCGGCAAAAUAAAAAAUCGAGAUCUUGAAAAAAGUAUGUCUCAACUUCGUAUGGAGCUCGAGUCAGCGCGAGCCGAGGCUGACGUCCGGCUUUCGAGGCAAGAAGUUCAGAUUCAAGAAGCCAAACUCAAAUCUGAGAAUGUGGACAGGCUCAGAGAUCAAAUAAGUCGUCUGCAAGCGGAAAAAGAUCUCAUUAGAGUUGAAAAAGAAGAGUUGUGGAAAAGGUUACAAACAGCCGAAAAGACAAAGCAAAGGUGGGAAUCUGAAGCAAAUAAGGGAAGCGAAGAAGUGAACCUUUUAAAAUCUCAAGUUCAACACUUAAGAACGGAAUUUAUGAGCCACAGAGAAGAUUUAGUCAAAAAAUUAGCCGAAACAGAAUUUGACUCAAAAGUCGUUCAAGAUCUGCACAUGCAAAUAGAGGAGCAGCGCGGAAUUGUUGAACAAAUGACGCAAAGAUUGAAAUGGACCGAAGGAGAACGAGAUCAACUUCAAACCGUGCUUUCUAGUCGGCAUCAGGAUCAGAUACAGGUUGAAAAUGGUCUUCGUCAAGAAAUGGACACGUUAAAGAGGAGACUAGCUGAAGCCGAAGCUCAGAAACAAUCCCUAACACGAAGUCUUGAAGCUUCUCAGCUAUUAAUUGAAGAAAAAGCAGCAUCUAUGCGUCAACAACAAAGAGAAGAAACAGAAAAGCUGAAAGAAGACAAAGUGAAACUGGAGAGGAAAAUAAGUGAUUUGCAUGUUGAACUGUCGACUGUCAAAAAUGGAAAAUCAGAAUCAAGUAAUCACAUAACUCAAAUAAUUCGAGAUAAAGAAGCCUUAGACCAACAAGUAAAUUUUCUGAAUAGUGUAAUCGUAGAUAUGCAACAUAAAAACGAUGAUUUGAAAUCAAGACUAGAUAUUCUCGAAACGGAAGUCAUAUUUGAUGGGCAUCUAGCACUAGGUAUACCUACCCGGUCUAGCUCUCAAGUGUUUUGUGAUAUUUGCGAUAUUUAUAAUAUGCAUGACACUGAAGAUUGUCCAAAGCAAAGAACCAUAAGAAGAAAUCAGUCUUAUUCCUCUCAAGAAAGCGAGUUUUAACUUUAUUUCAUAAUUACCUCAAUUCAGGAUUAAAAAUUUGUAAAAUAUUUACCCUCUUAUGAAUAACAGUAAAUAAUGUUCAAUUCAUUCUAAAAGAAAAAUUAAUACUCAAAGCUUUAAAAAAGUGCUGGCUUUAUCGUAUACUUGUCAUUACAAUUUAAUAAAUUAAAUAUGAAAAUGGAUAAACUUUAAUUUAAAGCAAUAAUUUUAAAAAAAAGUUUACAAAAUAUUUAUAUACACAAUUAAUUGAAUUUGUGAAUUACCUCUACAAAUAAGAGUAACAAAAGAUGUUUUGUGUAUUAUAAAUUUUCAUAGUUGAAAAUUUUAUAAUUGACUUAUUGAGCAAACAGAAAAGAACUUUUAUAAGAUGUU